AUGGCAGACGCCGACCUCAAAAUCGACGGCAACACCCUGGCGGCCAUGUGCCUCGCCCGUGCCGGCGUCGACAAGAUGUUCGGGGUCGUGGGCAUCCCCGUCACCUCCCUCGCCAACCGGGCCGUGGCCCUCGGCAUCCGAUUCUUCGCCUUCCACAACGAGCAGUCCGCCGGCUACGCGGCCUCCGCCUACGGCUACCUCACGCGCCGCCCCGGCGUCCUCCUCACCGUAUCCGGCCCCGGCUGCGUCCACGGUCUCGCCGGACUAUCCAACGCCGCCGCCAACGCCUGGCCCAUGGUAAUGAUAUCUGGCUCCUCCGACCAGAGCCUUGCCGGCCGCGGGGACUUUCAGGAGCUCGAUCAGAUCGCUGCCGUCAAACCCUUUUCCAAAUUCUCCGCCAGAGCCACUGACAUAACCCGGAUCCCCGAAUCCGUCUUCAGCGUGGUCGAUUGGGCCCUUGCUGGCCGCCCCGGCGGGACGUACCUGGACCUCCCCUCCGACGUCCUCCAUCAAACCCUAGACGAGGCGGAGGCGCAGAGACUGAUAACCCAAGCCUUCAAUUUCAGAAACAAAGAUCUAAUGGAGAAGCCAAAAAUUAAUCAUUCCCAAAUCCAGAAGGCCGUGGAGUUACUGAGAACUGCGGAGCGGCCUCUCAUUGUUUUCGGAAAAGGGGCGGCCUAUGCGAGGGCUGAAAAUGAGCUGACCAAACUAGUGGAGACCACUGGAAUUCCUUUCCUUCCCACGCCAAUGGGGAAAGGGCUUAUCCCCGACACACAUGAGCUGGCUGCCACGGCCGCACGGUCGCUGGCCAUUGGCAAAUGUGACGUGGCCUUAGUUGUUGGGGCCCGCCUCAACUGGCUCCUGCAUUUUGGGGAGUCCCCAAAGUGGUCCGAGGACGUGAAAUUCAUACUCGUAGAUAUAUCCGAGGAUGAAAUCAAGCUCAGAAAGCCAUUUUCAGGCAUAGUGGGUGAUGCGAAAGACGUUGUUGGACUAAUGCAUAAGGAGAUAAAGGAUAAUCCCUUUUGUUUUGGGAAAACUCAUCCUUGGGUGGAGUCUAUCAGGAACAAGGCAAAGGAUAACAUGACCAAAAUGGAGGUCCAACUGGCGAGGGAUGUGAUCCCUUUCAAUUUCUUGACGCCCAUGAGGAUCAUCAGGGAUGCGGUCCUCGGUGUGGGCCAGCCCGCCCCUGUUUUGGUAUCUGAAGGGGCCAACACGAUGGACGUGGGACGAGGGGUGCUCGUUCAGACCGAGCCUAGAACGAGGCUGGAUGCCGGGACUUGGGGGACGAUGGGUGUUGGGCUUGGCUACUGCAUUGCUGCUGCUGUGGCAUCGCCUGAUAGGCUGGUGGUGGCAGUUGAAGGUGACUCCGGAUUUGGGUUCAGUGCCAUGGAAGUUGAGACACUAGUUCGAUAUCAGUUGCCGGUGGUAGUCAUAGUCUUCAACAAUGGUGGGGUGUAUGGUGGUGAUAGGAGAAACCCUGAAGAAAUGAGCGGGCCGUAUAAAGACGAUCCUGCACCCACGUCCUUUGUGGCUGGAGCAUCCUAUCACCUUCUUAUUGAAUCUUUUGGUGGGAAAGGCUACCUUGCUUCAACUCCCGAUGACCUCAAAUCUGCACUCCGACAAUCUUUCUCCGCAAGAAAGCCCGCAGUCAUAAAUGUGACUAUUGAUCCAUAUGCUGGGGCAGAGAGUGGUAGGCUGCAGCACAAAAACUGA